AGGGGAACAGAAACAGUAGGGGCGAAAAAUGCACACGCUGAACAACACCACCACCGACUCGCAAGAUCCGAAUUUUGACCCGGACCAGGUUUCCUACCGGACCCAGCAGCAGCAGCCCCUGUCUCAGCCUCGGCGCCCGCGUGGGUUCGCUGCUGCGGCGGCGGCGAGGGGCGCCGCGGGGAGCGACAACGGCGACAGUGGCUCCAUCCGCGGCGGCGGAGGCAGCGGAGGAGGAGGAGCGAAGGGGAAGAGGGAGAGGGAGAAGGAGAAGGAGAGGACGAAGCUGAGAGAACGUCACCGUCGAGCGAUCACCAGUAGAAUGCUCGCCGGACUGAGACAGUACGGUAACUUUCCGCUUCCGGCGCGUGCGGACAUGAACGACGUAAUCGCCGCCCUGGCUCGUGAAGCUGGUUGGACCGUGGAGACUGACGGCACCACUUACCGGCAAUCUCCUCCAACGAACCCAGUGGUGCAUUUUCAGGCAAGAUCUGUUGAAAGUCCACUUUCUUCAAACACCUUGAAGAGCUGCUCUGUUAAGGCUGCAUUAGACUGUCAGCAAUCAGUUCUUAGAAUCGAUGAGAACCUUUCUCCAGUGUCUCUUGAUUCUGUAGUUAUCGCAGAGAGUGAUGCAGGCAAUGAAAGAUACACAAGUGCCAGCCCCAUCAACUCAGUUGGAGGCUUGGAAGCCGAUCAGCUUAUACAGGAUGUUCGUUCGGCACAACAUCAGAAUGCCUUUACCGGGAAUUGUUACGUCCCUGUUUAUACAAUGCUUCCGGCUGGUAUCAUCAACAAUUUCUGCCAGUUGGUAGACCCUGAAGCUGUAAGACAGGAAUUAAGUUACAUGAAGUCAUUAAAUGUUGAUGGAGUGGUAAUAGAAUGUUGGUGGGGCAUAGUGGAAGGAUGGAAUCCCAAGAAGUAUGUUUGGUCUGGCUAUAGAGAGCUCUUCAACAUCGUCAGAGACUUCAAACUUAAACUACAGGUGGUGAUGGCAUUUCAUGAGUAUGGAGGGAACCCAUCGAGUAAUGCGAUUAUUUCUUUACCACAAUGGGUUUUGGAGAUUGCAAAAGAUAAUCCAGACAUAUUCUUCACUGAUCGUGAAGGAAGGAGGAACACGGAAUGUUUGAAUUGGAGCAUCGACAAGGAACGAGUGUUACAUGGACGAACUGGCAUAGAGGUUUAUUUUGAUGUCAUGAGAAGCUUCCGAACAGAAUUCGAUGACUUAUUUGCAGAGGGACUGAUAUCUGCGGUUGAGAUUGGUCUUGGAGCUUCUGGGGAGUUGAAGUAUCCAUCUUUCUCCGAAAGGAUGGGUUGGAGUUACCCUGGUAUCGGUGAAUUUCAGUGCUAUGACAAAUAUUCGCAGAAGAAUCUACAAAAGGCCGCCAAGUCGCGAGAAUACUCUUUCUGGGCAAAGGGUCCUGAAAAUGCUGGCCACUAUAAUUCUAGACCUCAUGAAACUGGUUUUUUUUGUGAUAGAGGUGACUACGAUAGCUACUACGGUCGUUUCUUCUUAAAUUGGUAUUCGCAGUUGCUAAUAGAGCAUGCUGAGAAUGUUUUGUCCCUCGCAAGCCUUGCAUUUGACGAGACAAAGAUUAUCGUCAAGGUUCCAGCGAUUUACUGGUGGUACAAGACUGCUAGUCAUGCUGCAGAACUAACAGCAGGAUACUACAACCCUACAAACCGUGAUGGGUACUCUCCUGUUUUCGAAGCUCUGAAGAAACACUCAGUGACAGUGAAGUUUGUCUGCUCUGGGUUGCAGAUGCUUACCACUGAACAUGACAAAGCAUUAGCCGAUCCAGAAGGUUUGAGUUGGCAGGUUCUGAAUGCGGCGUGGGAUGGGGGAAUGUCCAUAGCGGGUGAAAAUGCAGUUUCAUGUUUCGACAGAGAAGGGUGCAUGAGAAUAGUUGAGAUGGCCAAACCCAGAAACCAUCCAGAGAAUCGCCAUUUCUCGUUCUUUGUUUAUCACCAACCAUCUCCUUUGGUGCAAGGAUCUACUUGCUUUGCAGAUCUGGACUAUUUCAUAAAAUGCAUGCACGGAGACAUACAAAGGUGAGAUGGGGGGGAUGUUUCCAUGUUAGAACGCAGACAGACAGAGCUCUUCUCAAGUGUUGUAGGAUUUGCCGUAAGCCUUUUGCUUGAAGAAACUCUUCCUGAACCGUCUGCUGUUACUUUAGACAGCCAGAUUGGGUUUGAAGUCUCCUAUUUUCGUCUGUUCAGAUUUCGAUGUAAAGCCCUUAGUUUGCAUCAAUGGCGUCUGACAGAAGAGCAAAGGAAGAGUCUGAACUUAUGUUUGUGUAGCAGCUAGUUGCCUUAAAUUAUGAUGAACAUGCUUUUUGCAUCAUAUUAUAUGCAACUUUUACUACAGUUUGGUCUGAAA